GGCAGCUGUGCCGGGGAGCAGCACCCGCAACUGGACAGUCCAGGCCCAGCUGGCUCUGCUGGGGGCACACCAAAUAGGAGAGCCCGUUUCAGGUACUGUCUGGUGUUUUCUGCUUUGCAGGAUGGCGACUGAAGGGAGAGAUGAGAAAGGGAAUGUAGAGGGGCAGGAGUGACGACCAGCUGCAAAGCCUUUGUUUGGCCUAAUUACUAUAAAUCUCCUUCUGCGCUGAAUUGGCAAGGGAGGGGUUGCUGCUGUACAACAAGAGAAAUGAGGAGGUUUCCUUUCUCUUCUGAUUCCCUUCUAAUCAAUGGGAGAGCAAAAAAUCUAGAGAGGGAAUCCUCUAAAACCAGGCCAAGACGGUGGGAAGGAAGGGGGUUUUAGAGCAAGCUGCCAGGAUGCAGCUCUGCAGGGAUUGGUUCAUGAUCGUCUGCAGUGAAGGGAGGGAGAAGGAGAUGGGAGGGAAGAGCAGUACCUUGUCCUCCUAAACUCUUGGAGAGGCCAUCUCUCUGUCAGGCUCUUGGGCCCUGGCGGAUGAGAGGGAGGAGGAGCUGCAGGUGAGUUGUCUCUUAUUCCUGUGCUGUUGCACUGGUCUUGCCUCACGCUGUUGAGGCCUGCUGUAGUGCUGCUGAGACAAUACUUCAGCUACUCAGGUCUGUCUUGCACUCCAGCACACAGCCAUUCUCUGGCUUUGGCGGAAGUAACGUUAGCCUAGAGUAAAUCGGUGAGCCAAAUGCACCAUCUUCAGCCCACAUGGUGGUAGUAGCAGCUGCUCAGGUGAUGUUUUAAUUUUUGACCCAAGUCCCGAAAAAGGCAAUUUGGCCCUUCCUAGUCUCCCAGCUCCUUUCUGUCUUGGAGAGAACUGUAGAGCGUGUUACAGCUCAGUCUUCAAAUCUUUUCAUCCUGCAAGGGAUGGGAGCGAUCUUCAAAAUAACUUGUAGCAGGAGCCUUCCCCUCCCAUCAGCAUGCACAUACAGUCAUGCUCAGAACACUGUGUCCCCUCCAAAGAUGCAGGGAGAAGAAUUGUUCCUCAGCAGUUAGCACAAUGCCAAACAGACUUCCAUGUUUUGUCCUGAGUCGGGUGGACAUUAACCUAAUGCUGAGACCCAGAAAGUAUUGAGAAUGAGGCUAAGCAUAAGGUACCCUUGGGAGACCCCAGGAGAAGAAAGGAAUAAGAGAGUUUGCCCAGGGAAGACUCGGACGUAGCAUAAACUGGAGCAAUGAGAUGUCUCAUGGAAACAGGAAUGGCGUGUGGAGCUUUUCCAUGCUGAGUCACUGCUUCAGUUCUGGCCCAGACUGGUAAUGACCACAAGUCAUAGAUGGCUCUUUAUGUGAAAUGAGUUUGUUCUCAAUUCAGGCAUCUAGUUCACAAGAAAACCCACCUAAACACAGUUGCUUAAGAGGCCAAAGGUUGAAUGGGCCAUAAAUAGUAACUACCCUGCUGCACUAACAAUAUGUGUGUUAGUUCUUGUAUCAUCUGUCUAAGUUUGAGGUGCCUAAUAAGGAAUGUAAAACCUGAAAGGUGCCUUUUGACCUCCGUGCACACUGCCCAAAUAGCUAACUCACAAAUCCCACUUCUGUUUGUCUCUGAGGACUGCUGCAGGAGUACUUCAGUUUGUCCCCAGUGGCUUUUGUGAUCCUUUAUAGGACUUAGACACAAUACAGUCAGAGUACGGCCAGCAGGGUACUAUCUAAUGUUGACAGCUUCUGCUGCUGCCUUUUUCUGGGGCUCACCUAAAGAGACCAGGAGGUAUAGGCAUGAUUCUCUCUUGCUGCUGCUCAAGACAGGCAGGAGAGAGAAGCAAGUGUAUACACUUCCCUUUCCCUUAGCAGCAGCACAUUGUGCUUAUGGUACUGCAGCUGUCUCUCCCUCAACACAAUGGGAGUCUAGGAUUAGGUCAGUUUCAUCCCACUGUUGCAUGUAGGAACAGCACUGUAGAUAGAACUUCUGAAACGCAGGAUUCCCAUAAUGCCAGACCUUGUUAAAUCCUGGAGCCAGAGACGACAUUGCCCUGAGUUUGUGGCUGUUUGCUUCACUGGAAUAUCAUCUGUUCUUUCCUCAGCACUUGCCUAACACUUUUGCCCUAAACAGGGAUUUUAUUGCUAGUUUUCAAAGUUCUUUAAUGUGCUGAUCACUCUUAACUCUCCAAGAGCGGGAGAGGGUAUGGGAAAAUGUUUCCUCUCAAGUAGCUACUUCUUUCAAACACCAGAAGAAUAAGUUCCUGGGUUUUCCCUGUUGGUGUUCUGUAACAUAUUGUGUAUGUUCUAGCGUUAGCUGGCUGGACCAGUUGCAGCCUUGUUUUCACCUGUAUCUCAGACUUUGUUUAAUGCAAAAUGUUUUGCCUUUAAUUAAUUUGCCAGUAGGCAUGAGUAAGGGAAGUUGUCCUGUGCCAAUGAACGUCAGGCACCUCAUAUUCGUUUUUGAAGUGACCUGGUCCUGUAUUUUGGAAAAGGAGCAGGUUUGAACCAAAGUCAGGGAGCAGGGAGUUGCAGAAUCACUCGGGAGCUGGUGUUUCUGAGGCUGAGUUGGCUGACCGUCUUGUGUGUGUGUGAUCCUACAGGUUGCAAUUCCCCCAGCUGGCCCUGAGGCGGAGGUUGGGCCAGCUGAGCUGUAUGUCUAGGCCUGCUCUGAAACUCCGUUCUUGGCCUAUGACUAUUCUCUAUUAUCUUCUGCCUUUCGGUGCUCUUAAACCCUUGACCAGAGUGGGAUGGAGGCCUAUGAGCAGGGUUUCUCUGUACAAAUCGGUACCAACACGACUGCUUUCACGAGCCUGGGGUCGUUUGAACCAGGUCGAGCUGCCCACCUGGCUCCGGAAGCCUGUCUACAGCCUGUACAUCUGGACAUUUGGAGUGAACAUGAAGGAAGCAGCUGUAGAAGAUCUUCAUCACUAUAGAAACCUCAGCGAGUUCUUCCGCAGGAAGCUGAAGCCCCAGUCCCGGCCAGUCUGCUGCUAUCACAGUGUGAUCAGUCCCUCAGAUGGAAAGAUUCUGAACUUUGGACAAGUGAAAAACUGCGAAGUGGAGCAGGUGAAGGGUGUCACCUACUCGCUGGAGUCCUUCCUGGGGCCGUGCACCAGCACAGAAGACAUGCAGUUUAGCCAAACCUCAUCCCGCAAUUCAUUCCAGAACCAGCUAGUCACAAAGGAGGGGAACGAGCUCUACCACUGUGUCAUCUACCUGGCGCCUGGGGACUAUCACUGCUUCCACUCACCCACUGACUGGAGAGUGUCGCACAGACGCCACUUCCCAGGCUCCCUGAUGUCUGUGAAUCCUGGUGUUGCCCGCUGGAUCAAGGAACUCUUCUGCCACAAUGAGCGGGUUGUACUUACUGGUGAUUGGAAACAUGGCUUUUUCUCCCUAACAGCAGUAGGAGCCACAAAUGUUGGCUCCAUCCGCGUCUACUUCGACAGGGAUUUGCGUACUAACAGCCCCUCUUACUCCAAAGGCUCUUACAAUGACUUCAGCUUCAUAACCAACAAUAACAAGGAGGGCAUCCCCAUGAGGAAAGGAGAACAUUUAGGGGAGUUUAACCUGGGCUCGACCAUUGUUCUGAUCUUUGAGGCACCCAAGGACUUCAACUUCCAUCUCAAACCUGGACAGAAAAUCCGCUUUGGAGAGGCUCUGGGGUCCCUUUAGAAACUACAAGAGGAUUUUGUAUACAAAGGAACUCAAACUUCCAAGAAAAAUGUUUCACUAAUGGAAACUAUCACUCAGCAGGACCUGGGUGAGGAAAAUAUUAAAACAACACUGCUGUGUAAAACUAGGGUAGGAGUAUUUGCCCUAUAUCACAUACCUAUGCUGAGAGCAGUAAAAUAACCAGAUGAUCCAUAUACAUAUCAGGUACAGAUGCCUUUAAGAAUGUUGACCAGGGUGGUUUCUAUCCUAUCUUGUGCCUACAGUCUCUAACACUCUCCUCUUCAAUGUGUUGCAAACUAGUUACAUUCACACAGAGCCUGUAGGUCCUUAUCGGGGACGGGGAAAGGCAGAGAGGAUUAGCUACCUUUAAAGGGACACUGAUAGGUUGACCUAGACCCAAGGUUUCACUUCUGUAAAAUGUGGUUUUCAAACUUGCAGUCCCCAGAAGUGUCUAAUGCAAACACGACAUCGAAGUAUGGAAGCCAGGAAGUCAAAUUGCCUAGUCUUACUUUCAUUGUCCAACCUAGGUGAAAUGCACAAUGUACAUUAAUGGCAUCAGUGCUGAAACCAGUACAUUAGACUCAAAUUCUAUUUAAUAACAUACCGGUAACAGGUAUGGAAACUAAUUUUUAAAUGCCUUUUAACCUGUUAUUGUCCCUUUAAAACUGGACUUUGCACUGUAUUUUAAACCUGAAAACACUGUGUCUACAUUCCA